AUGUGGCCCUUUUCAACGUAUCCGGAGAAGACAGCGGGUGAUGUAGCCGGAAAGACAUUCGACUACAUCAUUGUCGGUGGCGGUACGGCUGGAUGCCUAAUUGCGCACCGCCUUUCUGCAUCCCCAAACGCAUCAGUCCUAGUAUUGGACAAGGGUCGCGUCAACGCCGGGGUUCUCUCACGGAUUCCACUACUUGGCAUCCUGCAAAGUGGGGUCGUCCGCUACCACGCCGAACCCAACGCCCAUCUGCGCGGGCGACAUGUGCAACUUCUAGCUGGCGAAAUGCUGGGUGGUACUAGUCGCGCUCACUCCAUGGUAUGGAGUCCCGGUGGCCGUCCGGAAUUCGACGGCUGGGCCCGUGAGCUUGGGUUGGACGAAUGGAGCUGGGAGAAGGUAGCGCCGGCUUUUGCGCGAGUUGAGAAGGCAAUUCAACGCAAAGGGGCGGGCGAUCUAGGACCCAUGCCGUAUGUAGAUGCAGCGAUGGAGAGAGUAGGACUGGAUGACGGAGGGGGAAAGAGAGGCACUCAGAGAUACACCCGCAGCGAGGUCUCGGUCGAUGCAGAUGGGAACAGGGUCUCUGCCUUGACGACGUGGCUGAAUGCAUCGGUUGUCAAUAAAAGGGAGGGGCGACUGACGGUGUGUACAGGCGUGACAGGAACGAAGCUCGAGUUGGCGGAUGACGGAACGAGGGUUACGGGCGUAUGGAUUAAUUCCGGAGUCGGUGCAGACACUUUGGUCAAGGCUCAACAGGAGGUUAUUGUCUGUAGCGGGGUCUUCGGCACGCCGCAGCUGCUAAUGCAAAGUGGCAUCGGACCCAAGGACCAUUUGUCCGCUCAUAAAAUUCCCGUGGUGCAUGAUCUUCCCGCAGUGGGUGCGAAUUUAACCACCCACAUCCUCGUACCAGUUAUGACAGAGCUCCCACUUAAGCAGACACUGCAUAUCAUUCAGACGGUAGCUAUCUUAUGGCACUUUUUGCUGUGGCUCUUCUCCGGCACUGGACUGCUUGCCUCUAACGGUCAAUGGGGCGCCGCGUUUUUGCACUCGGAUACGCUCAACGAGGCAACAAUGACAGUGACCCCUCCUGAAGACAGCGAGAAGGAAGUGACUGAUCUUGAGAUCUUAAUUCUCCCACUCAGCACGCUCAUAGAGCACGGUGUCCCCGGAGUGCCCUGCAUGACAUGGUACGCGGCUCUUGUGCAGCCUCACACUAAAGGCAGCGUCGAGCUCACGUCUAGCUCUGACGCGAAAGCACAGUUGAAAAUUACACUCCCAUUGCUGGUUGACUCUCGCGACAGCGCGCGGCUGCGUAAGGCGGUGCGGUUCGCUAUGCGGUUGGCAGACGAGUUCGCGGGACCGGAGGUCGGGUAUCCACACCCGGCACCCUUAACGAUGGCUCCGGGGAUGGGGUUAGAGUACUUAGAUGGUCUUAUGGACAAGAAAAAGAGCAAGAGUGAUAAGAGAAAGCUUACGAAGGCGUUGCCACCACAGAAGGACGCUUGGAGAACUGUGACUGACACGGAAAUUGAUGAGUAUAUCAAGAGGCUGGUGACAGGGAGCUAUGAUCCUGCUGGCACGUGCCGGAUGAGUCUUACGAAGGAGGACGGUGUAGUAGAUCAGAGCCUGAAGGUACAUGGGGUGCGCAACUUGCGAAUUGCAGAUGCAAGUGUGCUCCCCCGGUGUGGGGGUGCUUCGAUCUCGGCGUCCAUUUAUAUGGUUGGGGAGCGGUGCGCUGAGUUCGUCAUGAAGCAUUAG